GACCAUAUCAUUUUUUCUCUCAUAUUAUCCACAAAUGGACAGGUUAUAAAUCAUAACGCCCAAUCCGAUCGCAGUAGAGUCACUCCACGAUGGAUCCCCGGACCCGAUCUCACGACGAUUAUACGGUCGGGUGGAUAUGUGCCUUGCCGGUGGAGACCACGGCUGCGAAGCUGAUGUUGGACGAUAUUCACCCACCUUUGCCUCGCCUGCCGAAGGACCAAAAUACAUACAUUUUUGGAAGCAUCGGGCAACAUAACGUCGUUAUUGCUAGUUUACCGACUGGCGCAUAUGGCAAUACAUCAGCAGCAACGGUUGGGAUACAGUUGCUGUCUAGUUUCCACGCUAUCCGCUUUGGUUUAAUGGUUGGUAUCGGUGGCGGAGUACCAAGCAGCAAUGCAGACAUUCGACUUGGGGAUAUUGUAGUGAGCCAGCCGAUGGGCACUUCCGGAGGCGUUAUCCAGUUGGAUCUAGGUAAAGCGCUAAGCGGCGGCCAAUUCAAGCGAACUGGAAUACUUAAUCAACUUCCUACGGUUCUGCGGGUCGCUCUUACGACUCUCCGAGCACACCACCUCAUGAGAGGUAGCUGGAUCGUCGAAUCUGUUUCCGACAUGCAAGCCAAACUUGCACCUCACAAAGCUAGCAAAUUCACGCGACCGACGCAGGAGGACUAUCUAUUCCAAGCAGAAUAUGAGCAUGUCGCAUCUGAUACGUGUACCAACUGCGAUCGAUCUAAACUGGUUCCACGACCGCCACGAGAGGACCAAGGACCAGAAAUUCACUACGGACUCAUCGGAUCUGCAAAUCAGAUUGUGAAAGAUGGCAGGCGGCGAGAUCAGCUGGCUCGGGACUUAGGUAUAUAUUGUAUCGAGAUGGAAGCGGCCGGACUUAUGGAUGAAUUUCCGUGCCUUGUCAUUCGGGGCAUCUGCGACUACGCCGACUCGCACAAGAAUAAGGAAUGGCAAGGGUAUGCAGCCGCAGUGGCGGCGGCUUAUGCGAAAGAGCUUCUCUUGGUGGUUGCAGUCGAUCAGAUCAACAGUACCACAACCGCGCGAGACACACUAGCAGACAACGCUGACACAUCCUUUGGCACUGUUAUACACAAAUAUACCAUUCACACCAUUGGAAGGCAGUCAGUUUGAAGGACGAUUGAAGGAUAACGAAGCUCAAGUCUCGGAAUUGAAAUCCCAAAGGAGCGCCCUCGAAGAACGUCUGCGUCUGUACGAUGAGGAGAUUGGACGCUUGAAAGAUUCAUUGACACUUUUGGAAGAGCAAAAUUCGACUCCGCCUCCCGCAUAUACCGAAGUGGAAAGUGCUGUCCGCACACAAGCUAGCUUUGGAA